UCACGUGUGUUUUCUGCAAUGUUGCAGAGGUAUUCGUCCUUUUAAGCUUCUGCCAACUCUCGCAAACUAACCCCGUUUCACUUCUCUCACAGACUCAACUUUCAGGUUUCAACAACUCUUUUUUAGAAUGUUCUCUAUUACUUGGCCUCUCUUCCGCGCCCACAUUGCCUCCACUCAUUCAUUGCUUCUUUUAACAUACGCCCUUUUCCUAUUUCACGUACAACCCAACUCAACUCUCUCUUGACUUCACUUAAAAACCAGUCUUUGCAUGAAUUCUUAUUUGUGGAGAGAAAAACAAGUCAAAGUUUUUUCUUUUAGUUUUGGUAAUGGAUUGUGCAGGUGGGUCAACAUUGGAGGAGCCACCAAAGAGUCCAAGGUCUCCACCUGCUUGUGUGGAUUUGUACGGUAAAAGGAGACAGACGGUCAAAGUUCAAGUUUUGGAGAGAGAGAUUGGUCUGCUUCAGGAGGAGUUGAAAGCUGUUGAAGAUCUUGAGCUAGCUUCUAGAUGCUGCAAAGAGGUUGAUGAUUUUGUAAGGGCUAAAGUGGAUCCUUUAAUCACCAUAAAUCAGGAGACGCAUAAAUCCAAGCCUUUCUGGAAGAGAAUCUGGGGAAAAUUUUACUCCAAUCUUCUGUGGAUUUGUUGCUGUUGUGGUUGCCUGCAUCAUCUACGAACACAAACCUGCUGCGGUACGUGCUCUGUGUCAUGUUGCUCACCAUGUCCAUGCCCCAGCUGCUGCUUCUGCUCCUCAAAAGUCAUGUGUCAAGGCUGCUGCAAUUUUAUAGGACUCUCAUGUCUACAGAAUGCCUGCUGCUGUUUCAAGUCAUCAAGCUAUAAGUGUAAAAAGGUGAAUCUUUGUUCUAAUUUUGCAAAAUCCUGUCAUAGUACUUGCUGUCUGUAAUUAUCAACUUCUUAUAUAAUUAAUUUGUUGUUAGCACCAAUGUGGCUAAUAUCUAGAUUCUAGUCCUUUGUGACAAAAUUUCAAUAAAAUAACUUUACCAA